AUGCCCUACCUACCAGCCUUCGUCUCUCUCCUUCUCCUUGCCCUCCUCCCCGGGGUGGCCCCCCAGUGCCACGUGGCUGUGGCUGGGGAGUGCCUGAAACACACAGCCCCCGUCCCUGGCUACAGCCUGGUUGGGCAAGGCUUUGACAUCACCACCCUCAAGCCCACCGGAGCCUCCUUGGUGGACAUCAACUGGUGGACCUACCCCAACGGCUCUUGCACUCUUUGCCACAACCCGGCACUGGAGGGGCAGCUCCAGCAGUUGCCCCUGGCUGUGGUGGACUGGCAAGCCCAGGACCCGUGCUUGGAGACCAACGAGAGCGCCGUGAAGCUGUCCCCUCUGGAGGUGGCCCAGUGGGCCAGCACUGCGGUGCAAAACGACUGGACAGUGGGGCUGGAGGUGGAUGUCCAAGCUGCACCCGACACCCAGGUGGUGCUGGCUGGGAGCCGUUCCAGGAUGGCCGAGAUCAGCUCAGAGAAGGCCCGGCAGGACAAGUACGCCUUCAUUGGCCGGGAGGUGUCAUGCCAGUACUACCAAUGGUGGCUUCUUCUCCACCCCUCUCACCCCCCUCCCCAACUCAGAUUCCGCCUGGCCCAGAAUCCCCCACUAUCCCUGGACUUCUCCCAGGCCCUCUCCGACCUCCCAGACAACUACGGCCUGAGCUCCAGGGAGGACUACCUGCGCUUCCUGGGCAUCUAUGGCACCCACUACCUAGCCCUUGUCCACGUGGGUGGCCACCACCAGGAAAUCAAGGCAGUGCCUGUGUGCCGGGUGGCACUGGAUGGGCUCACAGUGGACCAGGUCCGGGACUGCCUCGACGUGGAGGUGGAAGCUGGGUUGGGUGGUGGGCAGGCCAAGGUGGACAGCAUCUAUGCCGUCUGUGAGAAGACCAAGGCGGCAUUGGCCAAGAGCUUCCAUCAGGUCUACACCGAGAGCCAUGUGGAGGCAACCGGCGGCCAUCACCACGUUGACUUCCUCCUCCAAGGAGGAAGAGGUUCUGGGGCCUAUGCUCGUUGGGUGGAAGGCCUCAAAGCCAACCCUGGGCUCAUCUCUUACACUCUGAUGCCCAUCCAUGCCUUGGCAAGGAAGGGUGACCCACGGCGGGCCUCUCUCCAGAGGGCUGUGAGCCAGUAUGUCCUUGAUGGGGCGCUGUGGAGGAACUGCACCCAUCCCUGCCCCCUGGGCACCCAACGAAGCCCGUGGGACCCAUGCACCUGCCUGUGCUCAGAGGAGGUGGGGUGGGAUGCAUCCUGCUGCUCCCGGGAGCGAAGCCUGGGCCAGCUCAUGGUGACGGUGGUCAAUGCCAGUAGGCUCUACGGGGACCUCGGCACCCAGUCAGAUGCCUAUGUCAAGGUGUUUUAUGGGGGGCAGGAGCUGCGGGCAGACACAGUGUGGAACAAUGACAGCCCGGCAUGGGGGGUGGGACUGGAUUUUGGGGUGGGGCGGGUAGACGGUGAAGACGGGCUGAGGUUGGAGGUGUGGGACGAGGACAACGGGCAUGAUGAUGACCUACUGGGGGCCUGUGGGGAGAUGCCUGUGGCUGGCGCCCCCCAGUCUCGCACCUGCUAUUUGGCCUAUGGGCAGCUCCACUUCCUGUACCGCCUCCAGUGUGGGCCUGGCCUGGGUGGGCCCCGGUGCCAGGACUAUGCCCCCCGGCCCCCUGAGAUAUAACUGCCCCCCCAGGGGGCUUCCCCUCUUCAGGUCCUUCAGCCCCAUAACCACAUGGACUGGGGCCACAAAGCGGGGAGGGGCCAGGAGGAGAGAGGGGGUGAUGGGAUGGGUCCACCUGACCCAUCAAUGACCCUUAGGUGAUCCCAACAAAUGAUCCCAUCCAUAGCUCCACCUACCAAUAAUGGCAACCCAAUCCUAAGCAAGGACACCAAACCUAACCCAGCCAACCAAUGACACCAACCCAACUCUAACAAAUGACCCCACCCCUAGCCCAACCCAACCCACCGAUCUCCUUCCCUCAGGGCCUUCCCCUUCAAACCCUGUACACACAUCCCUGGCAGGGAGGGAGUCUAAUUAGGGUGACUUCCAAGGUUCGUUAGCAGUAAUGAGACAACGGGCAUCCGGCCUGUGGGGGGAAUAAAGGCAU